UGAUAACUGCCGCAGGUAUUUUUGGAAAGAAACAUUCGCAAAGAGAAGCCAUUUUGUGAGACAGUGCAGCAACAGCUAAUGUUUAUUUGUUUACUGUGAACAAACUGAAUAUUUCUCGUUUCACGUGUAAGCUUGCAGAUGCCCUGUAUUUGGAAACCUGGCAAAAAUGCCAGGCAGAAGAUUUACCCUGAAAGAAUGAAAGGUGCAGUUAUGCAAGUUAUUGAAAGAGGUGAAAGUGUCAGAAAGGCUGCAAAAGAUUUAAAUUUGGACAGAAAGACAUUAGGAAGAUAUGUUGAGAAAGGAAGAUCUGGCCAGGAAAUGAACUUCCAAGUAAACCAUGUGUCUAAUCAAAUAUUUACAAUGGACCAGAAAGCUGAUCUAAUGAAUUACUUGAUUCAAGCCAGUAAGUUAAACUAUGGUUUAACGCCAAUUCAAGCUAUCCAAACAACUGGAAAGAUAAUGAAGCAGCAAGUUAUGAUUGGCUCCAUAAUUUCAUGCUACGGAACAAGAAAUUAUCCGUACGAACUCCACAAGCUACAAGGUUGGUAGAACGACAGAUUUUAACACAACAACAGUGAAGGAGUUUUUUGAUAAUUUAA